UGUGCAGAGAGCUGAGGGUCAGUGCAGCUUCCUACUCCGCAGUAUCUCUUCCCUGCACUGCACUGAUGAAGAGCUGACUGUCUGCCACCGCUGAGGCUGCAGAGACUGCUCUCUACUGCUAUGCUGUUUCUCUGCAUCUCGACUCCAAUCUGAUCAAUAGCGAUCUUUGUGUUGUCACAGCAUGACGGAAGCCGAUAAUCAAUCUUGGUCGGUUAAUACUCUUGCAAUUAGUGAAGCAUCUAAACAUCUGUCCGUCUCCCCUUUUGUCCAGCAUCAUGACCUUGCCUUGUGGAUCAAGAGGAACAUCCUGAAGAAGGAAUGUUGCUUUUUUCAGAGGGAUCCCAGUAAAGACGAAAUAUGUUGCUGUGGCUACGCAAAGACGGAGCACACUGGUGAAGAUAUCAAGCCAAAGGACUUCACCGGGGAAACCUGGGACAAGCACAGGCAUGUCCACAAGGCACCAACGGAUGCUUUUGGAAAGAUCAGCUUUGAUGGUUUGUGGCAGCGGAAUGGCAAGUAUGCACGAGUGUCUGAAGACACCAGACCUGAUGUGCUCUACAAGUUACUGACUAACCAGUGGAAACUAUCGCCUCCCAAUCUGCUCAUCUCAGUGACUGGAGGGGCCAAAAACUUCUACCUGAAGUCCCAGCUGAAGAAGAUUUUCCACAGAGGACUUAUUAAAGUGGCCCAGACUACAGGUGCGUGGAUCAUCACCGGUGGUACCCACACGGGUGUGAUGAGGCAUGUGGGGAAGGCUGUGAGGGACCAUGCCCUGAGUAACCCCAUGCAGGGGAACAUAGUGGCUAUUGGAAUAGCAACAUGGGGAGUUAUUCACAACAGGGACGUUCUGGUACAUAAAGAUGGUUGUUUUCCAGCUAAAUAUAAGAUUGAAACACAAAAUCAGGGACGCAUGUCCUGUCUCGAUAACAAUCAUACCCACUUCCUGCUGGUUGAUGAUGGGACCAAUGGACGCUAUGGUGUGGAGAUCGAGCUGCGUGCAAGACUAGAGAAAUACAUCUCAGCCAAAAAUCUUGGAAAUAAAGAGAGUGGAACCAUUCCAGUGGUUUGUGUGGUAUUGGAUGGAGGACCGGGCACGCUCAACACCAUCUACAGCGCCAUGCUGAACGAUACACCCUGUGUGAUCCUGGAGGGGUCUGGGAGGAUAGCAGAUGUUAUUGCUCAGGUGUCUGGACUGCCGAUCAGCCAGGUCACCACCACCCUCAUCCAGCAGCUGCUGAAGAGGUUUUUCGGUCAAGAGUGUGAACAGUUCUCAGAACUCAACAUUAUAGAGUCGACAAAAAAGAUUCAAGACAUCAUCAGGAUGUCUCAUUUGCUGACAGUAUUCAGAGCAAGAGAGGACGGUCACGGGGAUGUGGAUGUGGCCAUCCUUCAGGCUCUUCUCAAAGCUUCGAGGACUGGUGAAUCACAGGGAUCUGAGUCCUGGAAGAGGCAGCUGGGGCUGGCUAUAGCAUGGAAUCGAGUGGACAUAGCUGAGACUGAGAUUUUCACAGAGGAAAGCCAGUGGAAGUCCAGCGAUCUCCACUGGGCCAUGACUUCAGCCCUGGUUGGCAACAACCCCCAGUUUGUGAGCUUGCUGCUGGAGAAUGGUGUGUGUCUGAGGGAUUUCCUGCAGGAUGACGACACCCUGUGUGAGCUCUACAGACAGCUGCCCAACUGCUUUUUUCUGUACAAGCUGGCCCAGAGGGUGAAACGUGUCAGCGGCAGCAGCAGGAGCAGGAGCAAGGUACUGGGUAGGAAGGUAGGGGAAACGAUCUCCCUGACUCAUGUCUCUGAUGAAGUGCGCCACCUGCUGGGAAAUUUUACAAAACCCAUCUAUCCUUCAUCCACCAUGACGUACCACCUGUCCAUGGACACCUCAGUAUCUGUUUUCAAAGAUCAGACAACUUUCCAGGAUCCAUUGAGGGAGGAUGGAGUUGAGGCUCAGAAGGAUGCAGGCAGAGACCUUUUCCUUUGGGCUGUUGUCCAGAACAACAAGGAGCUGGCUGAAAUCGCCUGGGAGCAGUGUAAAGACUGCAUGUCUGCUGCUUUGGCUGCCAGUAAGAUCCUGAAGAAAAUGGCAGAGGAGGGAAGUGAUGCAGACGAGACUCAGGACAUGCUGGAGCUCGCCAGUCAUUAUGAAAAUCACGCGAUUGGUGUGUACAGCAAGUGCCAUAACAGUGAUGAGGAGCGAGCCCAGAAGCUGCUGGUUCGGAUGUCACCCCUUUGGGGCAAGACAACGUGCCUGAGGCUGGCGCUGGAGGCUGAUGAUAAAAACUUUGUGGCUCAGUCAGGUGUUCAGGCUCUUCUAACCCAAAUCUGGUGCGGUGAGAUUUCAGUCGUCAAUCCUGUGUGGAAGGUGCUGGUCUGUAUGGUCUUCUUCCCACUGAUCUACACCAACUUUCUUGUUUUCAGGAGUGUUGAACUCAUUCAGAGAGACAAUGAGAGGAAAGAGGAGCUGAAGAAUUUGGAGAAAGUGACAGGAAGCACUUGGAGGACAGAUGAGUGUUGCCCUGAGCAGAAUAGGAACAUUCUGGGCUGCUGGUCCAAACUGGAGGGACUGUACUGCUCUCCUCAGGUCAAGUUUUACGGAAACAUCGUCUCGUAUUUCGCCUUCCUGUUGCUGUUUGCCGUGGUGCUGCUGAUCGACUUCCAGAGUACGCCAUCUACACGAGAGCAGCUGCUCUACAUUUGGCUGAUCUCUCUGGUGUGUGAGGAGAUCAGACAGCUCUUCCAUGAUCCUGAUGGUUUUGGGUUUUGUAAAAAAGCCAAGAUGUACAUUCACGAGCUGUGGAACCUUUUGGACAUCCUGUCCAUCCUAUUGUUCUGUGUGGGACUUGGAUUCAGGCUGACAACCGAGCUGUUCUACGCAGGUAAAAUCAUCCUGUGCAUCGACUUUGUGGUGUUCUGCCUCCGCCUCAUGGCCAUCUUCACCAUCAGUCGAACACUGGGACCUAAAAUCAUCAUAGUCAAGAAGAUGAUGAUGGAUAUGUUCUUCUUCAUGUUUCUGCUGAGCAUCUGGGUUGUGGCGUACGGUGUUGCCAAACAAGGCAUCCUCAUCCAUAAUGACAGUCGGCUGGACUGGAUCAUCCGUGGGGCUGUUUACGAACCGUACCUUAUUAUAUUUGGAAGUUUCCCUGAAAAUAUUGACAAUGCUCAUUUCAACAUAGAAUCAUGCAGCAUGAAUGGUACGGAUCCUCUGAAGCCCAAGUGUCCUGUGCUGAAUGAAAACCAAAUGCCAGCAUUCCCAGAGUGGCUCACUAUCAUCAUGCUUUGCGUUUACUUGCUCUUUGCCAACAUACUGCUGCUCAACCUCCUCAUAGCUAUCUUUAACUUCACGUUCCAGGAAAUCCAGGACAACACGGACAAGAUCUGGAAGUUUCAAAGAUAUGAGCUGAUUAAGGAGUACCACAGCCGCCCAGCAGCCCCUCCACCUUUCAUAAUCCUGAGUCAUCUCUGCCUCUUCAUCAGGAAUAUGGUGCAAUGCUGUCCCCGCAUCAGUCACAAUGAGUUCAAGAAUAAGCUUGAGCUGAUAGAGGAUGAGGAGCUGUUGUCCUGGGAGGCCUUGAUGAAGGACAAAUACAUGCUGUCUGCUCGGCUGGAGCAGAGCCAGAGUAUGGAGAGGCGCAUCCUGGAUACAUCCCAAAAGGUUACCACCUUAACUGAAAAAUGGGAGAGCGAAGAAGAAACAACCUCCACUGCAGUGAUGAGGAGAUUGGAAAAACUAGAGGAGCAGGUCACACAGUCAGCCAAAGCACUGCAGUGGAUUGUGGACAGUCUGAUAUCUCAGGGUGUUCCUGCAAAAGAAACUCAACCGCAGAGCCCGACUGUUCCAGAUGAGUCCUCCAACUAUUUAAGGAACGCAGCUGAGAAAGAGGGCAGGUUCCACGUGAAGUCCCGUGAGCUUUACUACCCGAAGACCAAAAUUGAACGCUUCCCUGUGCCAGAGGAGUACGUAACUUGGCAGGUCAGCUUCAGCUUAUACAUGCCGCCCUAUUACAGUGCUCAAGACGGUGACGGCCAUGUCGCUGGAUCUGAACCAGAAGACUUAGAUAAUUAUAGAAACCCAGGAGGGAGGACAGGCAUCAGGGGAAGAGGCGCACUCAGCCGCCUUGGUCCAAACCUGAACUUAGACCUCGUGGUUACACGGUGGAGAGACAAUGAGAUGUCUGUGCUGGAGUACUUGGCGCUUUUGAAGGAGAACGGGAUAUCUUUAGCUCUCCCUGGGGGCGCCGUUGACUCUGUGGAUCACCUGCCAGGAAAUCUGAAGAAAAUUCUGAGAAAUACGUUAUUUGAAGCCCUAAACGUAAAAGUAUCAGAGGGAACAAAGGUUUCUGAGGGCUACACGGAUGACUGCAGGAACACAGACAACGCCUGGGUGGAAACAACGGUUCUAAAUAUUCACCUGGACAGAACAAGCCAAGUGAUGGUGGACCUUAACAACAUGGUGGUGAGCAGCCCCGACUCUCUCCAGUGGCAAGAGGUCAGCAGCAAAACCAGACUCAGUCCAAACCAAAUAGUCUCGCUGCAGCAGGUGGCGGCACUUCACAGCAGGAAGUUCUGAUAAUUCAGGUCCCUUUCAGCACUGUUAUAUUCAUAUAUCACCAAGAAAACUCAUCUUGAAAUCUUUCAGUUUGAAGACAAUCAUUGGAUCAUCUUGUGCCUUUCAGCGUGGCCUUUUGUUACAAUUGAUGUUAAUUCAUCACACUAUCAGAAAAAUAGGUAUGUUGGGUCACUGCCUGAAGACCCAACAAACCCAGAAAUAUGCAACUGAGCAUUACUAUUUACAAUCAGUACAUAUAAAUUCACAUGAUCAGUACAGUAGUGGUGUUGGCAAAAGGGUCAAGCUGUGCUACAGCACUGCAAAAGAUGCAAAUCACUGUCUUAUGUAAGAUCAAUAUUCUAGAAACACAUUUGUGAGGUCAGACACUUACAGGCAAUUAAUACUCUGCAAGAACAGAUAAAUUUGUUCUCUCUACCGGGGUUGCAAGAACAAAAUGACAUUCUGUUCUUGCAACCCUGGUUCGGGAGUUCUUGCAGCUUGUUCUUGAUGAUAUUCUGGGCUGAACUCCUUUUUUGCAUGGUUUCUAAAAAAUAUAAAGUGGGUGUGCUGAAGUACAAUAGACCUAUAAAGACUUCCUGGGUGUUCUGCACUUUGGUUCUUGUGAAAUAUAAUAUACCCUUGCAAGCAAAAUCUAAGUUCUUGUUUUUUGCAGCCUUGAGUAAAAUAAAUAAUUUCUCUGUUCUUGUAUUGGACUUAAAAGGGACAUAUCAUGCUUUUAAAUCCUCUUAUUUCCACCCUUAAAUCAUUCAGCUGUGGUCUAUAUAAAGUGGAACUGCAAUGCUUUGGUUUGAAUUCCUUCUUAUUGUAGCUCCACAGGCUCUUUUACCCAUGUUCUGAGGAGCAUCUGAGAGCAACUCGUUUUCGUGCCGUCUCUUUAAAUGCUUUGAGGCGCUUCACACUCCGCGCCCCCCCAGAUCAAACAGCGCUGAACUUGAACCCAUUUAGCCAUUUUUGUAGUUUCAUAACAGAUAAAUCUAGCGUAGCAGAAACAAGACAAAAAUGGCAAAAACAAUGCAAAACUGUUUGUGUAAUAAUCCUAUUCAAAACACAUAGUAUGAUUAUGUCUUCAAGGAGCUAAAAGCAGCACACAGCACUGACAAAAGCAGAAGGCACGAUGCUACUGCUAUCUGAACAAUGGCCAGGACAUCUUAUCAACACACAGUACAUUAAUGGGUAAAAUAGAGUUUGUUUUCAUUUUAGCGUUAUUUGCAGCUUACCGCUUUGCUGUGUCCGUCGUUUCCAUAGACAGAAGGAACUGACCACUUAAUCCGAUGAAGUCUGUUAGCAAAUCCUUCAUUGAUGUGGGAUUUUUUCCAUGAAAAAUCAAAUUUAACAACCAUUUUGAAGAGGUUCUGAUGCGGGUUAACACACCGAACAACCGAACCGAACUUAUCCUCUUGCAGCGUAGGCAUACUUGAGCUUGGACUACAAAAUCUCAAAGAGAAUUAAAAAUGAAUAUACGCGAAAUUGAUCAGCCAGACGUCCAUGACCUUUAUUUAGCUCUUCUGCAGCAAAUACUGUGAUGUAAUAGAUGACAGAGAAAACUGAACAGGACUGAAAAAUAUGACCUGAACAUAACAUAAAGAUAUCUCCACAACACCUGGAGAGACUAAAUUACACUUUUCUGAAUUCCUACAGACUCCAAAUACACAACAAAAUGUAUUUAAAGGCUAAAAAAAAGUGGAUUUUGGAUGAUAUGUCUCUUUUAAAGUUGGAAAAGAACGUCUGACUCGCAGUUUUCAAUGCUAUACUGGUAGUUCUGUCUGGUCGGUGUCAGGACUCUGCAGGCCAAGUUCUGGCACACCAGACUAGGUCAUCCAUGUCUAUGGACCUUGCUUUAUGCAUUGGUGUGCUGUCACGUUAGAACAGCAAGGGGCCUUUUCCAAGCUGUUUCCACAGUAUUGGCAGCAUGAAAUUCUCCAAAAUGUUUUGUCUGAAUGCUGCACAUCAGCCCUGUUAUAAUAGCACUAACAGUUACUUAUGUAAUUUUUAGUAGGAAAAAGUUUCAUUACCUGAAUUCUUUGAGCUUCUGGGAGCUAACCAUUCUUUCAAAAAUAUUUGUAGAAAUAGUCUGGAUAUGUAGGUGCUUGAUUUGAUACACCUUUGGCCAUAGAAGUGAUUUAAAACAUCUGAAUUUAAUGAUUUGUACUGGUGAGUGAAUUCUUUAGUCAAUACAGUGUAUAAUGAUAUCCCAAAAAUAAUACAGUAAUUGUUUGACUCAGUCUAUGUAAAAAACUGUAAUAAAGUACUAUUGGAACGCUUCCUUCAGUAUAAUGCACUGCUAGCAUGUCCAUUCACCCCUUAAACAUUUUAAAUUCCUGCCAUACUUUCUGCUUUUAUUCCAGUAAAAAUCCAAUAAAACGA